CGCUGCGGCGGCGCGGAGGGGGAGCCGGGACAUGGCCGCUGCCCGCUCCUGCCUGCGCGCCGCAGCCGGCAUGGCCCUGCCCGCGGCCGCGCGCGGCUGAGCCUCGACCUUGCCUUCCCCUUCCUCCUGGACCCUCCUCAUCCUGCUCCUCGUGCUCCUCUUCCUUCUCAUCUUCCUCCUGCCGCGGACGCUGCCGGGGCCGGGCCGGGGGCGGUGGUGCUGCGGGGGCCCCUCGCUGCUUUGCGGGGCGUCCCGGGGGCCGGGGCGGAGCGGGUGGAGCCGCGCGUGGUGCGGUGUGUGCGGGAAGGUGCUGCCCUGCGUCCUGCAUGUUCCCUGCGGGAGGCCGGCUCCGGAGCUGGAGCGCCGCACUGAGCCGUGGCAUCGGGGAAUUAAUUUUGUAAAUGUGUACGUGUGGCUCAUGUGCUGUGAGGGGGGUCGUGUUUUAGAGAGUUACAUCUGCUGUAGGGUUAGUUGGGGAGGAGGGGUUGAGGGCUGGUUGUAGUCCCUCUGUAUUUCGUGGGGUUGUGUUUUUGGUUUGUAUAAGCGGUUUCCAGGCUUUGAAGAGCUGCAUUGCUGUUGCUGAACUGUAGUUCUUCCAAGGUUGCCAUUGUUUGCGUUCUGGGAGGGCAGCUGGUGGCCUCGCAGGAAGGCGGCAGGUCGCGUCGGAGGAGGGCUCCGGGUCGGUUCCGUGUGACUUCUUUCCAGGCGAGGUUUAGCUUUUCUCCGGCGUCUCUGAUGCCAGAACAAGGCCCCAGAAUGAACGGUUUCUCUCUGGGCGAGCUGUGCUGGCUGUUCUGCUGCCCGCCCUGCCCCAGCCGCAUCGCUGCCAAGCUGGCCUUCCUGCCCCCGGAGCCCACGUACACCGUGCUGCAGCCCGAGCAGCAGCAGGAGCCCGGGGCGGCGGCCGGGGCGGGCACCCCCACGGGAUCGGGCACCUGCAGCCUGCACCUGAGCGAGCGGGCCGACUGGCAGUAUUCCCAGCGGGAACUGGAUGCCGUGGAAGUGUUCUUCUCCCGCACGGCCCGAGAUAACAGGCUGGGCUGCAUGUUCGUUCGCUGUGCCCCCACUGGCCGGUACACGCUGCUCUUCUCUCACGGUAAUGCUGUGGACCUGGGCCAGAUGUGCAGCUUCUACAUUGGCCUUGGCUCCCGCAUCAACUGCAACGUCUUCUCCUAUGACUACUCCGGCUACGGGGUGAGCACCGGCAAGCCCUCUGAGAAAAACCUGUAUGCAGACAUUGAUGCAGCCUGGCAGGCCCUCAGGACAAGGUAUGGUGUCAGUCCUGAGAACAUUAUCCUAUAUGGUCAGAGCAUUGGUACUGUCCCUACAGUAGACCUGGCAUCUCGGUACGAGUGUGCAGCUGUGAUCCUCCAUUCUCCCCUGAUGUCUGGAUUACGGGUAGCUUUUCCUGACACCAGGAAAACCUAUUGCUUUGAUGCUUUCCCAAGCAUUGACAAGAUCUCUAAAGUGACCUCUCCUGUGCUGGUCAUCCACGGUACCGAAGAUGAGGUGAUUGAUUUCUCCCAUGGCCUGGCCAUGUACGAGCGAUGUCCACGAGCAGUAGAGCCCCUCUGGGUGGAAGGGGCUGGGCAUAAUGACAUAGAGCUUUAUGCACAGUACUUAGAGAGACUAAAACAGUUCAUAUCUCAUGAACUUCCCAACUCCUGAAGAAGCCUACCUGAUUUUACCUCAGUUACUGUGAACGGAAGAAAUUACCUGUUUUUGCACAUGCUUUAACUGGAUAGCUGUAAUAGCUUUAUACUAUGAAGAAAUACCCUGUCUUGAGGGUGUUCUAAUCAAACAUCUGAUGAAAUUUGUCUUUUCUAUCUGGAAAUGAUUCUACUAAUGCACACAAAUAUGGUCAACUACUGUAAUUCCAACAAUUUUUAGCUUCAUUGCCCUGAAGGAAGUGGGAAUCCUAGCUGCUUAUGGGGACACUUUUUACCUAGUGCUGUAUUAAUCGAAGAUCAGUUUUCUCUGUCUCACUUCAGAUCAUUUCUAAUUCUGUCCUACAAAGACUUUUUCCCCACUGUGUUCUCAGAGUGGAGAACACAACUGUUAUGAGCUACAGCUUGUUCUGAACAAUCAUGGGUUCAAUCUAAGGGAGUUCUUUCUCUGUGAAGUUUCUAGCUGUGGUAUUGUAACUGGAAAGUUAUUGUGAUGAAGUUCCCCCUCCUCCCUGCUAGUGUUCUUUUGUUAACUUACUGAUCUUCCCAAGUAAAUUAUUUAAAUAUACUUUUACCUGAAAAUAAACAAACUACUAUAUGGGGCUAAACUGUAACGACCUCUCCAUUACUUGUAUAAACAUAACUGGAAUAUUCUUAAAGGAUCUAGGGACAAAACUGCUUUUGUUUAAAAAUAAAUGUGUAAAUUUAAUACUAGAAAAAACUCAUUUUAAUAUUCAGAUUAUCUGAAUAAUAGCCAUAACAGACAUUUCCUUCUGUAAAGCAUUCCUGUAGACUUUUUAAAAGUACUGUACAUAUUUGAAUUUACAUUUGUGCAUAGAUUCUUAAUUGGUAGUUUUAAUUUAAGUCUAGUUACAAUAAACUGCAAAAUUCUGGUUUGUAUAUGAUUGAAUACAUUUUGUUAAAAUAUGUUUUUAUCCCUAUAUUAUUUUGCUAUUAAAGUUUUAUAAAGUUUCCAGGACAAAAAAAAAAAAAAAUAAAAUUUACACAUUUAUGUUUUGAUGAAUUAUGUAACUAAAUUUUCAUUGAGCUGAUCUUUUUAGUUUAGAAGUAAUUUGAUUCUUUGACACUGGAAUCGCACAGAUUAUGCAUCAGAAAUGCAAAACACUUAAAAAUUGUUACACUACUAGGAUAGGUCUAAUUUUUCCAAAUUUAAAGGCCUUAAAUGUACUGUAAGCCUCAGAUUGUUGUAUAAAUUGAUUGCGAUUGAUUGCAGUUUGUGUCCUGUUGCUAGAAAGCAACACAGUGAUUGUAAUGGAAUAAAGGAUGCAUGGAUUAGAGCUUGC